AUGCCGUCCUCCUAUUCGUACUUUUCGCGUCUCGUAGACCGCUGUUUGCUCUCCAAGAGCCCGACUUUAGCCAGAAUCUUCCAUGCCCAGCUCGUCAAAGUUGGAUUCAUACGCAAUACUUUCUGGGGCAAUCGCUGUCUCCAGGUCUACUUCAAAUCCGGCUCCGUCAUCGAUGCUUUCCAAUUGUUUGACGAUAUUCCCGACAAGAACAUCAUAUCCUGGAACGUUUGCUUGAAGGGUCUGUUUGAAAACGGUUGUCUCAGUCACGCACUUGACGUGUUCGAUGAAAUGCCUGAACGAGAUGUUGUUAGCAGGAAUACUAUGAUUUCAGGGUCUGCUUCUUGUGGUUAUCCGGAAUAUGCGAUCAGGCUUUUCUUGGAGAUGCAGACUUGGGUUAUUCAGCCAACUGAUUUCACGUUUUCCAUUCUAGCUUCUCUUGUUUCUUGUGCUCGCCAUGGGGAACAGAUUCAUGGUAAUGUUAUUUGCAGUGGCGUAAGUCGGUCUAGUUUGGUGGUGUGUAAUUCACUGAUGGAUAUGUACGGAAGGCUAGGAGUUUAUGAUUAUGCUUUAUCCAUGUUUCUAGCCAUGGAGGAUAGAGAUGUUAUCUCGUGGAACUCUUUGAUCUUGUGUUGUUCGGAAGCUGGCGACAAAGAACUGGCUUUGGAUCAGUUUUGUCUGAUGAGGGAAAUGGGAAAUCAACCUGAUGAAUACACAGUCUCAACAGUUGUGUCUAUUUGCUCGGAUAUCCGAGACCUGAGCAAGGGUAAGCAGGCUAUUGCUCUUUGCACCAAGAUGGGAUUUCUUUCUAACACCAUUGUUUCAGGGGCUGCAAUUGACAUGUUUUCCAAAUGCAACAGAUUGGAGGAUUCGGUUAAGCUUUUCGAUUAUUUGGAGGGUUGGGAUUCAGCCUUGUGCAAUUCCUUGGUCGUUAGCUAUUCGUGGCAUGGUUUUGGAGAAGAUGCUCUCAAGCUCUUUAUCCUCGCCAUGAGGCAGAGUAUUAGGCCUGAUAAGUUCACCGUCAGUAGCAUUCUGAGCUCGAUGAAUGUUGUGAUGCUAGAUCACGGAGCACAGGUUCAUUCUUUGGUUAUUAAGUUAGGGUUUGAUUCAGACACGGCAGUAGCCACGUCACUCAUGGAGAUGUACUUCAAAACCGGGUUAGUUGAUUCAGCAAUGGGAGUGUUUGCCACAACUGAUGGAAAAGAUUUGAUCUUUUGGAACAAUGUGAUAAUGGGCUUGGCUAGAAACAGCAGAGCCACGGAGUCCCUUGCCGUUUUCCAACAAUUGCUGAUAGACCGAUAUCUCAAACCAGAUAGAGUGACUUUAAUGGGCAUCUUGGUAGCUUGUUGUUAUGCUGGCUUUGUUAAUGAAGGAAUUCAGAUAUUUUCUUCAAUGAAAAGGCUUCAUGGAGUUGAAGCUGGGAAUGAGCAUUACGCCUGUAUAGUUGAGUUGCUGUGCAGAGCCGGUAUGAUCAAGGAAGCAAAAGACAUUGCCGAGAAGAUGCCUUUUGAGCCAAACUCUCAUAUCUGGGAACCAAUUCUCUGUGCAUCUCUGGAUCGUGGAGACACGAGACUCGCUGAGACGGUAGCAGAAAGAAUGUUAGGAUCUGAACCAAAGUCAUUGUUUCCUUAUCUGGUUCUGAUUAAGUUAUACGAGAUGACUUGGCGCUGGGAGAACUCGGUGAGGAUAAGAUACGCCAUGAAUAAACAUAAAUUGAAUUGUGCUCAGGGAUCGAGCAAGAUCGGUAUAAAGAGCAGUGUGUACAGCUUCGAGGCUGGCCAGUUGCAAAUUCAUGGAGGUCAAGAUACUUAUUCAAUCUUGGAAUUAUUGUCUUGGGAAUCUGAUGAUCACAAAAUUCAUUGGUCUGCAGAACAUUCUCACUAA